UAAUAAUAAUAUCGAGUUUGCACGACACCAAGUGGACUUUGUGCUACGAGUGUUGAAGAUAACACGAAACAAAAACCAUCAUUUAGUUGCCAUCCAUCUCCCACCGAUGUCCACUCCCAACACCGAUUCCGGCACGGCGCCGCCACCGCGCCCCACCAUCACGCUCCCUCCGCGCCCCUCCGCCGAGGCCUUCUUCUCCGCCGCCGCCGGCGCCAGCCCCGGCCCCAUGACCCUCGUCUCCAGCUUCUUCGGCUCCGACGCCGCCGCCGACUGCCGCUCCUUCUCUCAGCUCCUCGCUGGUGCCAUGGCCUCCCCGAUGGCCUUCUCCGCCGCUGCCGCAGCCGCCGACAACUCCGGCAAGGACGACGAUGGGCCCCACAAGGGGUUCAAGCAGAGCAGACCCAUGAAUUUGGUCAUUGCUCGUUCCCCUGUCUUCACUGUGCCACCCGGGUUGAGCCCUUCUGGGUUUCUUAACUCCCCUGGCUUCUUUUCCCCUCAGAGCCCCUUUGGGAUGUCCCACCAACAGGCUUUAGCGCAGGUUACAGCUCAAGCUGUCCUAGCUCAAUCCCAUAUGCACAUGCAAGCUGAUUAUCAGAUGCCUGCGGUAACAGCUCCAACCGAACCACCUGUACGGCAGCUGUCUUUUGCUCUAAAUGAAGCUUCGGAGCAGCAAGUGGUAUCAUGUGUAUCAUCUGUAUCAGAACCUAGAAAUGCUCAACUCGAAGCACCGGAACUCUCACAGGCUGAUAAGAAAUAUCAACCAUCAUCCCAGGCCAUUGACAAACCUGCAGAUGAUGGCUACAACUGGCGUAAGUAUGGGCAGAAGCAGGUUAAGGGUAGUGAGUAUCCACGAAGCUAUUACAAGUGCACACAUCUGAAUUGUGUUGUGAAGAAAAAAGUUGAGCGUGCCCCUGAUGGUCACAUAACUGAAAUUAUCUAUAAAGGCCAGCAUAACCAUGAAAAGCCUCAGGCAAAUAGGCGUGCCAAAGAUAAUAGUGAUUCAAAUGGAAAUGUAACUGUUCAGCCCAAAUCUGAGUCAAACUCACAAGGUUGGGUUGGACAAUUAAACAAGUUUAGUGAAAAAAUUCCUGAUUCUUCAGUUGCUAAAAGUGACCAGACCUCCAAUCAAGGGGCUCCUCCUAGGCAACUACUACCUGGGUCAAGUGAGAGUGAGGAAGUGGGUGAUGUAGAUAAUAGGGAAGAGGCAGAUGAUGGCGAGCCAAACCCUAAGAGAAGGAAUACUGAUGUUGGGGUUUCUGAAGUACCUCUGUCUCAGAAGACUGUCACAGAACCCAAAAUCAUCGUGCAAACAAGAAGUGAAGUUGAUCUUUUGGAUGAUGGCUACAGGUGGCGAAAAUAUGGUCAGAAAGUGGUAAAGGGAAACCCUCAUCCAAGGAGUUAUUACAAAUGCACUAGUGCAGGAUGCAACGUGCGCAAGCAUGUUGAGAGAGCUUCAAUGGACCCCAAAGCUGUCAUAACCACGUAUGAGGGUAAACAUAAUCAUGAUGUGCCUGCUGCUAGAAACAGCAGCCACAACACAGCUAGUAGCAAUUCAAUGCCAUUAAAACCACAUAAUGUGGUGCCGGAGAAACAUCCUUUGCUCAAGGAUAUGGAUUUUGGAAGUACUGACCAAAGACCUGUACAUUUGCGUUUGAAAGAAGAGCAAAUCAUAGUAUAAAAGUCUGGUGCCAAGCUCACUUAUUCCACGUCCUAGUACAGAAUGAAGUUGUCUAGAAGAUGAAAUGGAUAAUAUAAUAUGAAGGUGUAGUCACUAGUCAUAGUUGGCAAUGUCUAUUGUUUUCUAGUUUCUUUUGUAUGUAACACCUUCUUUUUGUACAUCUAAAUUAUGGAAUUGGUUGUAUAAGAUGUUGUUUACAGGUAUGAAUAUCAUUUCAACUAAUGUACGAACAUUAUUAUAUAAUAUAAUUUAUAAAUACUCCUUGUAAGUUGUAAGGGCAAUUCUAGAUUACAAAUAAAAUUGAAGAGCUGGCAUCCUACGAUUGAA